UAAAAAACUUUUACUUUACGGAUUUACCCCUGUUGGGAUCGACUAAUCCUAAUCAUUUCGAUUCACCUAACUACUACCCCUGCCUUUUUAAAUUUCUCUCCAUAAAAGUAGCUCAAGCCUAGCCUAAAGAUCCCGAAAACAAAGAAACGUACAGUCAGUGAAAAAGCAACAUAAUUAUGGCUGGCUUAACGUUAAUGUCCUCCGUCAUCUUUCUGCUAUGCUGCCUCGUCUCAGCAUCAAUCUUCGAGGACACGAACCCCAUUCAGAUGGUAUCCGAUGGUCUCGACUCCUCUGUUCUUCGUGUCAUCGGUCAUACUCGUCGUGCUAUCUCCUUUGCUCGUUUUGCUUACAAGCAUGGAAAGAGGUACGAGGAUGUUGAGGAGAUAAAGCUACGGUUUCAGAUUUUCAAAGAUAAUAUGGAUUUAAUCAGAUCUACUAACAAGAAGGGAUUGCCUUUUUCUCUAUCUGUGAAUCAGUUUGCUGAUUUAACAUGGGAUGAGUUUCGAAAACACAGGCUUGGAGCUGCUCAAAACUGCUCUGCCACCAGAAAGGGCAAUCACCAGCUCACUGAUGUCGUCCUUCCUGAAUCGAAAGACUGGAGGGAAUCGGGCAUAGUUAGCCCGGUCAAAAAUCAGGGAUCCUGUGGAUCUUGCUGGGCAUUCAGUACUACUGGAGCUCUUGAAGCUGCUUACCAUCAGGCAUUUGGGAAAGGAAUCUCUCUUUCGGAGCAGCAGCUUGUGGACUGUGCUGGAGCAUUUAACAACUUUGGGUGCAAUGGUGGUUUGCCAUCCCAAGCCUUUGAGUAUAUCAAUUACAACGGUGGCCUUGAUACGGAGGAGGCAUACCCUUAUACAGAAAAAGAUGGUCAAUGCAUAUUCUCAUCCGAAAAUGUUGGUGUCCAAGUCAUUGACUCUGUCAACAUUACCUUGGGUUCUGAAGAUGAAUUAAAGCAUGCAGUUGCCAUGGUUCGACCAGUUAGCGUGGCAUUUGAAGUUGUCCCAAGUUUCAAUUUUUACAAAAGCGGGGUUUACUCCAGUGACAAAUGUGGCAACACUUCCUCGGAUGUGAACCACGCUGUUCUUGCAGUUGGAUAUGGAAUUGAAAAUGGAGUCCCGUAUUGGCUCAUUAAAAACUCAUGGGGAGCAGAAUGGGGUGACAAGGGCUACUUCAAGAUUGAAAUGGGCAAAAACAUGUGUGGUGUGGCAACAUGUGCAUCAUACCCCGUUGUUGCUUGAUCUGAGGGAGAAAUCAUGAACCAGUUCAAAGUGCUGGCUUAACAGCCUACAAUAAGGUCCAAGACAUGUAAAAGAAGCAAAUGUAUUGUACACAACAAAGACAAUACUGUAAAUUUUCUUCCAUUAAAUGCUUGUUGUGUAAUAAAUUUGCCAAUAUUGAAAAAUAAAUUUAUAUCCUUGUUA